AUGUCUGACAGGAAUUCUGCUUCAACAGGGAUGAAACACGACACACAAGACUCAAAUCAGACGAGCGGGAGCAACACCGACCCAGAAGAGGUUAAAAAGGAUGCAUGUGCCACAGGAGACUUGAAAACAUCGCAGGAGGUCCCAUCUCUUCAGGAGCUGGAGGAGCUUUUAUAUUCAGCCCCACGUUCCUGUCGCCAUGGAGAUGAGGUGUGGCCAAAUCUGUUCCUGGGAGACAUGUUUAUGUCUCAUGACAAAUUUGGGCUCUACCAGCUGGGCAUCUCUCAUGUCUUGAAUGCAUCACAUGGUAAACUCUGCUGCAAGGGCAGUGAUGAUUUCUAUGGAACCACAGUGAAGUACUAUGGAGUCCCUGCCAAUGAUCUCCCAACGUUUGACCUUUCACCUUUUUUCUACCCCGCUGCUGAGUUCAUCCACCAGGCUUUGAAUUCAGGAGGGAGGGUUUUCGUGCAUUGUGCCGUGGGUGUGAGUCGAUCAGCGGCUUUGGUCCUGGCCUACUUGAUGAUCCAUCAUCACCUCAGUCUUCUCUCCUCCAUACGCUGCGUGCAACAGAAACGUUGGAUAUUUCCAAACAGGGGCUUCCUAAAACAACUCAUCUGCUUAGACCGAAAGCUGCAAGGGGAAGGCUGA